CUCUCUGUCACCCUCUCUAUAUAUAUUGACCCAAAAGCCUCCAUUGCUCACUGCCUCAGCACAGCACAAGCAGAGCAAACCAACUUUUGUUCAGAAAAAGAAUCGAAACCCAUCUUCUUUCUCCCUUUAAAUCUCUGUGGGUGUUCGGCUGUUGGGGUGUGUGUGAGAGAGAGAGAGAGAGAGAGAGAGAGAGAGAAUGGGAGGGACUAACUCAAGCGCAACAAACACAGUGAGGACGAGCUUGAAGCCGCGUUCAUGGCAGAGGUGCUGCUCGGAGCACAUCAGAGAGCAGCGGGCUCGUCUCUACCUCGUGUGGAGGUGUACGGUCAUCCUCAUCUGCUGGCAAGAUUGAUUGGGAAAAAGAAGAAGAAAAACGAAAACGAAUCCGAAUCCGUAGAUACUAACUAGAUAGAGAGACGAAGUGAAGCUGUUGAGCCGGGGAAGGCUUUUCUUCUCAAGCGCAGAAAGCUCUGAAAGUUCCAACGAAUGUACAGCCUCUGUUUUCUGUUUAUAAAGUGUAGUUGGUUAAGGUUGACUCGAUGGUAACACGAUUAAAUAAAUUAUCGCAGGCUAAACAGAGAGGUGCGACUUAAGCUUAUUCUUCCUUUUC